UCAGUGAUUCUGAACAGUGACUCGUUCUGGGUGUCACGCGCUCGACCACCCAGAAACACUACUGAGGAAAUGGCCGUACGCUUUCUGUCCGUAACGAGAAGAUAUCCCAUCGAUUUGUGCAGGUUAACACCAAGCGCGUCCACCAGGUCCAUUAUUGGCCUCUUUAGCACUGCAGCGGAGCAGCGUAGUGCUGGAGAUGAUUGCCAUAGUGACGAUGGCAAUGAUGACCCCAGUCAUUCUGUGACACAUGUCAGGAUGUUGGAGAUGAGAGCUAGAAAACUUGAGCAGCAGGUUCAUGACCUCACGGAGAGAUACAAACGAGCUGUAGCUGACUCCGAUAAUGUUAGAAGAAGAACACAGAAAUUUGUGGAAGAUGCCAAAAUAUUUGGGAUUCAGAGUUUCUGCCGGGACCUCGUAGAGGUGGCAGACUUGUUAGAGAAGAGUGCAGACAUCGAGAAGAGAGAAGGAACACAGCAGCUGACACAAUAUCUGGCACACAUACAGGGACGGCUGCAGGACGUGUUCACCAAACAUGGACUGGAGAAGAUGACCCCCGUGGGAGCUGCUUACGACCCUUAUCAGCAUGAAAUAGUCUGUCAUACCCCAGCAGAGGCAGUGGAGCCUGGCUGUAUAGCUGUGGUGAAGCAAGACGGUUACAUGCUGCAUGGACGUACCAUUCGCCAUGCCCUCGUGGGUAUUGCUGUGAAGACACAGGAGCAUUGACAUGGCCGUGGUUCAGUCCUCUUCUGCUUAAUUUCUUUACACUCAUAGAAUGUAUGAUAUCAUUGUUUUUACAUCUCUAGACAACAACGCAUUUGAUUUACUCUCUGAAAUAAUGGUUAUUUAUUUAUACAAGUGUUUUUUUGUUUGUUUUUCUAACUUGUAAUCUAUUGAGAUUAACAGACCCUGUUUUUCCCCCCCUUAUUCCUGUUUACAGAAUGUCUACAAUGCCCAUUUCAUGUUUGAGGGAUUCAGUAUUGUCUGUGUGAUACAGACAGAUUUAUUGCAUUUCCAGAAUUGUAAUGUUGAAAUGACCCGAAAAAAGCACUUUACACCAUGUCGUGGUGGUUUCUGUAAGUGAUUAGUGUUUUUUUGCAUUUAAAGGAAAACAGUAACGACUUGUUAUUGCCAAUAACGAUUGGUUAUUGGUUGUUCUUGAAUGUGUCAAGCAAGUGUUAUAGGCCAGCAGUACCCAAAAAACAAAUGCUAAAAUGGAGUUGUUUUCUUUUGGGGGUUGGGGUAAAGGGAUAAACAGGAGAUAUAUAUGUAUCCAAAGUGGAAUUUAACUGAAUAUUUUUGGGAGAUAAAAAAUGAACAUGAAACAUAUGUAUUUAUUUUGUUUGUCAAAGUUUUCCCUGUUAGAUUACUUUUUUGUAAACGAGAAAAAUUGUAAGCGAUUUUCAUUUAAGACUUUUUUUUUUUUUAACAGAUUUAUGCUUUGUUAAUGUUGAAUGAAUAGUUUUUAGUGUAUGUGUGUGAUGCAGAUGUGUCGACUGAAUAAAAUCUCAAUAUUUGUA